AAUUUAGAUAACCGAUUCGUUUGGUUGUGUUAGGCUCUGGAGUGGAAGUGAAAUUCCUUCGAAUAACGUUAUGCUUGUUUCGAAUGGACUUCUAUAUAGCAUUUUGAAUGAGAACGAUUUAAGAGGAUAAACAAAGCGAUCAACAUUGUUAUUAAAGUCAGCACUGAAACUGAAUAGACAAAGAAUGACAGAAGAAAUAGAAAAGAAAAAAGAUAUCCAAGCAAAUGGAUGGAGCGCCGGCGAUAGAAACGGAAACAUUCCUCAUGAGAAAAUCAAUGAAAGAUUUCCAGAUAUAAAGCCAUCGAUGCAAAUAAUUUGGAAGAAUGUUAUCAUAAUGUCGUACAUACAUUUAUUCAGUGUUUAUGCUAUUGUACAACUUCGUCAUUGUUUUUUAAAGACUCUUUUGUUUGGUUUUAUAACAGGCUUUUUCAGUGAACUUGGUGUUACAGCAGGCGCUCAUAGACUGUGGACUCAUCGAUCAUAUAAAGCAAAACUUCCACUGCGGACAUUUUUAAUGAUUAUCAACACGCUUGCGCUACAGAAUUCAAUAUUUGACUGGUCACGUGAUCACCGAUCUCAUCACAAAUAUUCGGAAACCGACGCAGAUCCACACAAUGCCAGAAGAGGUUUCUUCUUCUGCCAUAUUGGAUGGUUAAUGGUUCGCAAACACCCAGACGUUAUAAGAAAAGGAAAAAAUAUUCCGCUGAAUGAUUUGUUGGAUGAUCCAGUUAUUGCAUUUCAAAGAAAGUAUUUUCUCUUGCUUGCUCCUCUGUGUUGCUUUAUCAUACCAUCUAUAAUACCGUGGUAUUUUUGGGGAGAAACAUUGUGGAAUGGAUACUGCAUGAGUGUGUUGAGAUAUUGUUGUGUUCUAAAUAUAACUUGGACAGUCAAUAGUUUUGCACAUCUAUUUGGAGAUCGACCUUAUGACCGAACGAUUCAUCCUGCUGAAAACUAUUUUGUAUCUUUAGCUGCAAUAGGAGAAGGCUUUCAUAAUUAUCACCAUACCUUUCCCAGCGACUAUUCUACUAGUGAAUACGGAUAUCGACUCAAUCCCACGACUGCUUUUAUUGAUCUCAUGGCGUUUAUAGGACAAGCUUAUGAUAGAAAAUCUACAACGAAAAAUGCGAUUCAAUCUCGCAUGAAAAGAACUGGAAAAUAUUCUGAUAUUAAAGAGGCUGGGUGGUGAUUUGUAAUAUAUAUAUACUUCUAAUAGUCGGAAAUUAAACUUCAACGCCAUGUUUCAUUUCAUCUAUUAUUGUUGGUACCGUGGGAUCUUUUCUCCAAACAUAUUUGUAUAGACCUGCAGUAGAACAUAUCCGUUGAAUAGCCAUCCAUUUCGCGACUCAAACCCUUCCCAAAUUAUAUUUCUUUUGGAAUUAUAUAAAUUUAAUUCAUAGGUGUGUAGUUAAGUUCCUGUAAAUUUCAUGAUUCUCCGCAUUUUGUCGAAUUGAUCUUCCUUCUAUAUUGUUCUAAUAUACUUUGUCUAUAUUUUUGAAAUAUACAAUUCUUCACGAA